AUGGCGGACAACACUGACUCCCAUACCCCUAAGCGCAACAGCAAUGGCUGUGUGCGAUUCACACCAGCCCCUUCACAGGGGGAUGCUAUAUCAGCUCUAAAGAAAAUCCCGCGAUACCUCUUCAGAGUCCAUACACCAAGCACGUCAGGUGAAACAUCACUAGAAUCUGUCGUGUCAAGAGCCGCUCUCUGUGGUCACUGUCGAGCUGACAACGACAUCUUCUCGAUGCCCCCCGGCGAAGCGGCCGAGAUGCUCAACUGCCACCUCCGCGGGUGGGCCAGAGACGGAGACAACCUCAUGUCUUGGACAAGCUCGUUGCUUUUCGCUCUUCAAUAUGCCCUGUAUCGCAGCAUCUUGCCCAAAGGUGGGCCAUAUAACGACCGGUUCGAUAUUUGGAUCUAUGUUUUGGACACAAGACUUCUCCCUGAGGGUUCAUUCAUCCCUGACGUUGCUCUCCUUGACGCAUUUACUGGCGAAGAUUCAGGACGUACAUACAAUCUAUCUAACAUGCGACGUUUGCGCCGAGAAACGUCCUACAACUUUGGCGAGUAUCUGUGCCAAGGGAAGUUGUUGAUUGAGGGUGCAUCUUCUUCAGCCUCUCUUGGAAGCAUCAUCUAUCACGGCCUUUUCAGGCUCUGUCCCGAGCUAGGGGUACCGAAUAAGAAUUUUGAACUGGCAAAAAGGGUGUGCAGGCUUCGCAUUGAAUGCUUCGCUUCCCCAACGCCGACGACCAAGGCCGACUUCCGUUUUGCCAGCACUAUCGCGCAAGGAUGUUUCGGAGAGGAAGACCAAUGGGCACUUCCAAUGACGGCUGCAUUUCUUUCAUUGCGAAAGCGACUGAUUAAUGAUGUUGUCAUAGUUGGUGGCUUCAAGGCCCUCUUCUCAGACCAGGAGAUUUGUAAACAUGACCUCGAUACACUCAAGACCUAUCAACUUGAUACGCACCCGGAAACUCACCAAUUCUCCAAGAUCGCUCAAGAUAUUCACAGUGACUACUUAACGAGAGUUCUGGAUUCCGUCCUCGCCACCGCCACCAAGUUAUCGCGUGAGUAUAGUGGUGCUUCAUUUCAGCGUGGUUCAGUCUGGCUAACACAUCCUAGUGGUAUCUUUUUGACGCUCAUAUUCUCAUCCGGUCUUCGGGGACCAAGUACCAUGUACGUCGAAUCGACCCAGAGUCAAGGGUUCUGGAAAAAGGAUUUGCUUACCUUGGCCUUCCUGUUCACUUAG